AAGCAUAACUCAAAGAGUAGGCUCGGAUGCCUCCCGCCAUUUACCCUAAAAUUAGAACAAGCUAAACAAAAAUCACUUUUCAAGUGAGCUCUACAAAUUACAUAUAGAUCGGACUGUAAGCACCGAAUUUUUCAAAGUUCGGCGCUUGGUUUAGGGUAUCUCUGGGUCGAGCACUCCCCACUCCCACAUGUUUUGGUGUCGAUUCGUGUAACGCGUUUUGUGCGUGCCACAUGAUGAACUUCAAGUGUCUGGCAAGAGAAUAAUAUUUGAGUGGGCAACAUUUCAUUCAGUUGAGCAGCAAAAGCAGCCGCAAAGUGGACGCCAGUGCAGGCAACGUGACGUAUGCGUAAUGCGAGUGACAUUUGAAGUGACGCACAAGGCGGCCAAGGAACGCGCACAACAUUUCUUGUGAAAUAUACAAAAAUAAACGUAAAAUGACAUAAAACAAUAAAAAAAAGACCAACUACCAGCAAGAUGUACAAAAGAAAGGCCUAGAACCAGGCGGCAAUUCAAUUUGCAGAAAUAUUUAAAAACCAAAGUAACAGAAACAAAAAUAGAAACUGCGCGCCAAAAAUAAAUGUGAUUUGCGAUAAUAAUUAAUUAUAAAUAACAACAAUAUAUGCAAACAAUAUUUGUGAUUUUAGUUUAUUAAAGCCCAGGCGCAAAUUAAAUCCAAUUCGGCAGACAAAAUAAAAAAACGCACAGCUAAUUCAAUUAAAGCCAACAAAAACAAAUAUAAAAUCAACAUCAGCUUGGACAAGCGUUUGAGGAACGGCGUCAGCGUGGGUCACAGCCAGAGAUCGAUUAGAGCCAACUCGAGGCGGAGCAGCGGCGCCUCUGGCCACAAAAGACGCAGCUACGUUUGGCCCUUCAGGAUGCGAAUGAAGGUCGGCAAAUUCUGUCUGCAGCGCCAGGCGUCGGGCCAGAGCGAAAAGUUUCCACAGCCCAGCGAAGUAACAGAAGGUGCCUUACAGGUGUGGCGGGCGCUGCCCGAACGCAUACGACAGGAUCCCAGCCUAGCAUCGUUCCGGCAGGAGCACGAGCGUUUACAUGGCGAUGUGGAGCCCAUGCCCUCGGAUGACGUGCAGCAGGAGAUGGAGCGGGAGGAGCACGAGCUGAAUGGACAUACGGAGGACGCGCACGCAUUCACACAGAUUGGCAUCAAUGUGACGAACGAGGCGGGGCAGGUGCAUGUCCUGGACGGCAGGGACCUGGAGAACAACAACGAGGAUCAGCACGAGGAUAACGAUGCCUACUGCAAAAGCAGCCUGAAAAAGUAUCUGAUUUGGUUCAAGAUAUCGGUGCUGUUGGUGAUUUGGUGCGUGUUUACGGCCUUUCUCAUGUCCAACAACGAGCACGUAGAUCAGUUGAGUCUCAUCAGUGUGCCCGGCAACAGUUCCACGCGAGUCUUUCCCAUAAGCACAGCCUCGCUGGAGCGCAUCGGACUGGGCCUACGCGGACCCUUCCGGCUGCAGGAGAACGAGCUGCAGCUGAACGCGAGCGUGCCGCUGCCCGUGUUGCAGAUACAGGUGACACGUAGCUACCUAGAUGCCCAGGGCCAGGAGAUUUACACGGAGCAUGCCAGCGAGCUGUGGCAGCUGGAUAUUGUGUACUUUGAGCUAAUCGAUGCCACCAAGGAUACGAAAAAGACGCACACCUUUGAGCUGCAGCCUGGCGAACCGACGUGGCUGGCCCAGGCGAACAGCACCCGGCUCAGCUUCGAGCUGACCAGCAGCAUCGAGGGCGAGCUGCCGCUCCAGCUGAAUGUGGACGAGUCGCCCAUCUACAAGCGACAUGGUGUGCUCUAUGCCGCCGCCGUACUGUGCGGCCUCUAUGUGAUGAUCAUCUGGGAGAUUGUGAAUCGCACCUUUGCCGCAAUCAUUGCCUCAACGCUAUCCGUCGGCAUAUUGGCCGCGCUCAACUCUCGACCCUCCAUGGCCACCAUUAUGGGCUGGAUUGAUGUGGAGACCCUGCUGCUGCUCUUCGGCAUGAUGAUUCUGGUGGCCAUACUCUCCGAGACGGGCGUCUUUGACUAUCUGGCCGUGUAUGCGUAUAAGAUAACCAACGGGCAUGUCUGGCCGCUUAUCAAUUGCCUGUGCCUGUUCACGGCGGUGCUCUCCUCCUUCCUCGACAACGUGACGACGGUGCUCCUGAUGACUCCGGUUACGAUACGCCUCUGCGAGGUCAUGUCCCUCAAUCCGGUGCCCAUACUAAUGUGCAUGGUCAUCUACUCGAACAUCGGCGGUGCUCUGACGCCCGUCGGUGAUCCGCCCAAUGUGAUCAUUGCCUCCAAUAGCUACAUAUCCAAGAAUGGCGUUAACUUUGCUGUCUUCACGCUUCACAUGCUGCCCGGUGUCCUUCUGGUCAUGGUCCAAACAUAUAUACAACUACGCUUUAAGUUCCGCAACAUCAGCGAUCUGCAGUUCAAGGACUCGGCCGAGGUGGAAGAGCUGCGCCAUGAGAUACACGUGUGGAAGCGUGCGGCUGCCAGCCUUUCGGCCUACUCCAAGGACGAGGAGCUGGUGCGUCAGACCCUAAUGAAGAAAGUCAAUCGCCUUAAACGAAGCCUCAAGAAACGCAUGACAGCUGUGAUUGAACCGGCGCCCAACUACGAACAAACCCUGGCCAAUCUGCAGGCAAAGUAUCCAGUUCGCAACAAGCAGCUGCUGGUCAAGUGCACCGCCGCACUGAUCUUUGUGAUCAGUUUAUUCUUUUUGCAUUCGGUGCCGGAACUGCAGCGUCUCUCCCUGGGCUGGACGGCCCUAUUAGGCGCCAUAUUCCUAAUAAUAUUGGCAGACAUUGAGGAUCUGGAGGCGAUAUUGGCGCGUGUCGAAUGGUCCACAUUGCUGUUCUUUGCCGCGCUCUUUAUACUUAUGGAAGCGCUGACAGAGCUGGGCCUGAUCGAAUGGAUCGGCAAUAUGACGGAGGGCAUUAUAUUGGGCGUGGGCGAGGAUCGACGUUUGAUGGUGGCCAUAUUGAUUAUACUCUGGGUAUCUGCUGUGGCAUCCGCCUUCGUGGACAAUAUUCCGCUGACCACGAUGAUGGUCAAGAUCACAAUUUCCCUGGCGCAGAAUAGCACCCUGAACCUGCCGCUGCAGCCAUUGGUCUGGGCACUCGCCUUGGGCGCCUGUCUGGGCGGCAAUGGCACAUUGAUUGGCGCCUCGGCGAAUGUGGUUUGUGCUGGCGUUGCCGAGCAACAUGGCUAUAAAUUCACAUUCCUCGAGUUUUUCAAAGUUGGUUUUCCCAUUAUGAUUGGCAGCAUAAUUGUGACAACGGGCUAUUUAUUGGUCUCGCAUUCGUUGUUCGCGUGGCAUUGAUAAAAGCCCAUCCCCCCCACCCUCCCCCUCUCCACCCAACACAACAUUUGCGGCAUGGAAUUGACUGUGUCGAUUUUUGAACAAGGCGCACUUUACCUCGUUACCUACAGCAAAAAUAAAAAAAAAAAUGUUAAACAUUCGACACUAAUGAAAAUAUCAGCUGCAGUUCGAAAGAAAAGAGAAUCGAAAAAGCAGGAAAAAAAAA